AUGGCUAGCAGUCGCCGGAACAGACUCUUCUCUGGGUUGCUGUUUCUUUGCUUUGGGUUUCUGGGCUUUAUCACUUCUCCAGCAGAAGCUGCCAUAAAGAAAUACCAAUUUGAUGUCCAAGUGAAGAAUGUGAGUAGAUUGUGCCAUGCAAAACCCAUUGUUACUAUAAAUGGAAGGUUUCCGGGGCCUACAAUCUAUGUCAGGGAAGGAGACAGAGUUCUCAUCAAUGUUACCAACCAUGCUCAAUACAACAUGUCAAUUCACUGGCAUGGACUGAAGCAAUAUCGAAACGGUUGGGCAGACGGACCAGCUUAUGUAACACAAUGUCCAAUUCAGACUGGAAGUAGCUACACUUAUGACUUUAAUGUAACAGGCCAAAGAGGAACUCUAUGGUGGCAUGCACACAUUCUUUGGCUGAGGGCUACUGUCUAUGGUGCAAUUGUCAUCCUGCCUAAACAAGGCACCCCGUUUCCCUUCCCACAACCAUACAGGGAAGCUGAAAUUAUACUCGGAGAAUGGUGGAAUGGCAAUGUGGAAGAGUUUGUCAACAAAGCAAACAACUUGGGAUUGCCACCAAACUCCUCGGAUGCACACACAAUCAAUGGGAAGCCAGGGCCAUUGUUUCCUUGCUAUGAGAAACAUACUUUUGUUAUGGAG